UGCUUCGGUACUCCCUGUCUCUUCUUCUUUCUACUUCUAUUACCUGGCGCGUCGUUUCAUUUUCACUUUUCUGUCAACUUUUCCGACAACAAGUACAAUUUUCAUUUCGAAUUAAUUUUAAUUUUCAGCAAAAUAAUGCCGCACUAUACGCCCGUGGGGCGUUUGGAAACUCCCGAAGCUGACCAGUUCGGGUUUCCCUAUGAACCCUAUGAGAUCCAGAAGAAGUUGAUGCAGGAACUGUUCCAGAUUCUGGAGAACGGCGAGGUGGGCAUCUUCGAGAGCCCGACCGGUACGGGCAAGUCCUUGACUCUCACUUGCGGCGCUCUCACCUGGCUGGCCCGGCACGAGAAGCUCGUUAAAGAGGAACUCCAGGAGCGGGUCGAUAUGAUGGAGAAACUGGUGAAGAGACUCAAAAAAGAUGGCCAGGAGGCGAAGGAUUGGCUGGACGUGCAAGGCAAGGUCCAGGAGCAAGUCCUCGAGAUGCAGACCCUCAGGCGUCUCAAGGAGCUGCACGAUAACAAGGAGCAGCAGCUGGCGGAGAUGAAGGAUCGUGUCAAGAUCCACAACCGAAAUAGGAAGAAGUUCCCACCCAAAAAAGAUGAUGCACAGAAGGAGGAGGACGACUCGGACACGGACAAUGAGACCCUCCACGAGACAGCCGAUAUAGAGGAGGCUCCGCCCCGCGAUACCUUCCAGUCGGUGCAGAUCUUCUUCUGCAGCCGCACCCACUCCCAGCUGGCCCAGAUCAUGGCGGAGGUCAAGAAGACGCCGCAUCUCAGCUGGGUGCGCUGCAUCUCGAUGGGCUCCCGCCAGCAGUUGUGCUGCAACAGCCAGGUCCGGGCCCUCAAGAGUGUCGCCAUGAUGAACGAACGCUGCCUGGACAUGAUCACCUCCAGGGCACUCCCCUCUCAGCCGAGUACCAGCAAGAAGAUCCGCAUCACCGGCAAGGAAUCGAAGCCGAGUCGUUGUCCCUUGAAGGGUCAGCAUCUUAUUGAAUCUCUCCGGGAUUUGGCGCUCAGCGAGCCCAUGGACAUUGAAGAAUUGGCCGCCGAAGGUACAUCCACAGGAGCCUGUGCCUACUACGCCUCCCGGGCUGCUCUGUCCGAGGCCCAUUUGAUUCUACUGCCGUAUCAGUUGCUCCUCGACAAAUCCGCCCGCGAGCAGCUGGGCAUCAACCUGAAAGGUUCCAUCGUUAUUGUCGAUGAGGCCCACAAUCUGCUGGACUCGGUGGCCCAGAUUCAUGGGGCGGAGAUAACCCGUUCGGACAUGGAGUUCGCCCAGCUGGAGAUGAUCAACUACAGGGACUUCUACAAGAAUCGGUUCAGUGCCAGGAACCUACUGAAAAUCAAUCAACUAAUCUUCAUCGCCAGGAUGCUGCUGCAGCUCCAUGAGACAAUGGUUCCAGCCCAAAUCCUCGACAGCUGCACCCUCACCUCCAAGGCCGAUUUCUUCAAUCUCGAUCUCACCGGCAUCCUGACCUUUUGUGACAAGAAUCGUUUCGCCCGGAAGGUUCAGUCCUACACCCAGAAGCUACAAAGUGCCCCCCAACAGAGCGAAAAUGACCCACCAGCUGGUCCAUCCGUUCGCAGUCAGAUGCUCCAGAAACUCGUCCAGGAGCAGCAGGAGAAGGAGAAACCCAAGGCAGGCAGGAGGAGGCUAGAGGAGGUGAAAGCGAACGAGCCGGAUAAGCCAAAGCAGGGCAAGCGCAAGCUGGAGGAGAUCGCAACCAAGGAGCUACCAAAGAUCUCUCCAAAGAAGUCCCUGCCGUCGGGCAAAUCCUCGCAAGUUCGCAACUAUUUGGCGUUUCUGGAAACCCUCCUCAACCCCAACGACGCUGGUCGGAUCCUCCUUGACUUUGAGAAUGGAAUCUUCAAGUAUUUUCUGAUCCAACCGGCCGAGAAGUUCGGAUACGUCGUCCAACUGGCUAGAGCGGUCAUCGUCGCUGGCGGCACGAUGAAGCCCACGGAGGAGCUGAAGGGGCAGCUCUUCUCCUGCUACCAGACUCGAAUCGUGGAGCACUUCUACGGUCAUGUGGUGCCCGAUAAUGCCGUCCUGCCGUUCGUGGUCUCCCAUGGCCCAAAUGGAUCUGCUUUGCGAUUCAAUUUCCUGCAACGCAGCAAUCCCGCAAUGCUCCAGGAACUCGCCAUGGUGCUGCAGAAUCUCGUCCAGGUGAUCCCUGGUGGAAUGGUGUGCUUCUUGCCGUCCUACGACUAUCUGGAGGUGGUUUAUCGCCAUCUGGAGAAGUCGGGAACUCUGGAGAGGAUCUCCCAGCGCAAGAAGAUCUUUCGGGAGGAAUCGGGAUCUGCAGAUCAGCUUCUGGAGGACUAUGCCAGCGCCGUCAAGGACAAAUCGUCCGGAGGAGCCCUCCUGCUCAGUGUGGUUGGCGGGAAACUGUCCGAGGGCUUGAACUUCACCGAUGACCUGGGCCGGGCCGUACUGGUUGUGGGUCUACCCUAUCCCAAUCGCAAGUCCCUCGAGCUGCAGACCCGGAUGCAGCAUCUGGACCAGCACCUAGGCAGUCGAGCCGGCGAGGAGUUCUACGAGAAUCUCUGCCUCAAGGCAGUGAAUCAGUGCAUCGGCAGGGCCAUCCGUCAUAUCGGGGACUAUGCCUGUGUCUAUCUACUGGAUGAGAGGUACAUCUGGAAGAAGAUCCAGUCGAAGCUGCCGGAGUGGAUUUCGAAGCACAUUGUGGAGGCGAGCAAGGAGAACGGUGGCUUCGGAGCUGUCCAGGCCAGAACCGCUCGCUUUUUCAAGGAAAGAUAGGUCUUUUCCAUAAUUAUUCAUAUUUAUUCGUAAUACCCAAAGGGUUCUCUGGUACCUGGUAAAAAUGGUACAAAUUUUCUUAGUUCCUACAAUAUUAGAAAUAUUGUUCUUUUUGUUUUAACUUAUAGUAUUACUAUAAAGUAUUAUUAUUAUUAUUUUUGGAGAAUCUCGAAUUCUUGGACUGAAUAAAAACCAUAUCAUUUUGAUUUUAAACAAUAAAAUUAUGUUUUAAUGA